UUCACGUUCUCGCAGGACUUGGAUACUAGAGAGAAUAUGGAUUCGAUGAAGACGACUUUGGACCCCCAAACCCAACAGAUCCAUCUCUGUGAGGUGCAGCAAGUCCUAAAGAGACACAUAAACACAAGAAUAUAAACAUCCCGAAGCGACUAGAUGGUGAUGGACAGAACAGCAGACACAAAGAAAGUCUGUGGAGAACUCAAGGCCAAAGGGUGUGGGAGCGAGAGAAAGGGGGACAUGGAGGUGGAAAAAGAAGGGAUAACAUGUGCUGGAUUUCCUGCCCCCUAAUGGACAAGUAUGCAUACAGCGAUCAGAAAAAAAAAGGAAAAAAGGACUGUUUCUUCUACUUUGGUUGCUAUAACAUUACAACAGGAAGUGGAACUAAGCUAUGUAACUAACCGCUAAAGGUGGAUAGUCAACAUUCUGCUCCGUUACAAUCCUUUAGUCAUCAUGGUAGACAGGAGUCCAUCUAUCGUGGUUGUCGGUGCAGGUGUGGCAGGACUCGCCGCUGCCAAGAAGCUGAAAGAAUAUGGAUUUAAUGACGUCACUGUGCUGGAAGCCGCCGAAAAUGUUGGAGGAAGAGUAGCUACUGCAACUCUGGGUAAUGCAUGUGUUGACACCGGAGCACAGUACAUCCAUGGGACGUCAGAAAAAAACCCAGUCUACUGUCUACUAAAAGGCCUUCUAAACCAGCUCCCUGAGAUGGGCGAAGAAGCAUUUUACAAUAAUAAAGGGCACAAAGUGAAUGCAAACUUCGCCAGACGUGCGUAUGAACAUGGGGAGAGCUUCAUUUAUCACCGUGGCUCGGGAAACUCAGGAAAGAGUUUAGGUGAACACUACGCAGUGAAAACCCAGGGUGUGAUUGAACGUUUGCAAGAAGAUGAGAAAGCAAGAAUGCAGAGUGUUUUUGCUUUGGUCGGAAAAGACAUGCUGAUUGACAUUGGUGCUUCAGACCUUCACAGAAUCUCUCUAGACUCGUGGCAGUAUUAUAUCGAUAUGGGGGACAGCGUCAAUAUUACAGGGUUCAUGUAUCAGCUUGUGGAUCUACUAAAAGAAGACUUCCCUAAGGAUCGUCUGCUGCUGAAAAGAGAAGUCCGUACGAUCAAAUGGGAUGGAUCCUUCCCUUCUCCGCAAAAUGAAGCUUCUCCUGAAGGAAAAGUCCGCCAAUACCCUGUUUGCAUUGUCUGUGAGGAUGGGGAGGAGAUUCUAGCUGAUCAUGUAAUAGUUACCGUUUCACUGGGUUGCCUAAAAGCACAAGCAUCCGACCUCUUCAUCCCCAGUCUUCCAACUGAGAAAAUUGAGGUCAUCAAUAAGCUGUGCUUUGGCAAUAUUGCCAAGAUCUUUCUGGCGUAUGAAGAGGCAUUCUGGGAGAAUGAUGUUGGUUCUAUCAGCUUCAUUUAUGAGGAUGACACUCCUGCCUCCAUUUCCACCAACAAAAUGCAGUGGCUCAAAAGCAUGCAGAGCUUUUCUGUCCUGAGGCCCAAAGAAAGGUUUGGAAAUGUAUUAAUUGGCUGGUGUCCUGGAGAAAUAGCAGACCUGGUUGAAACCAUGACAGAUAAUGAACUCUCAGCUGCUGUCACUGACCACCUCAAAAUGUUCUUUGGACCCAGUGCAAAUAUUCCACAGCCCAAAUCUAUACUGUGCACUAAGUGGCGCAGCAACAAAUUUAUAAAGGGAAGUUACACUUUUCUUCCUGUUGGUGUUGAUGGGCAAGUUAUGGACACACUAGCACAACCACUAGAGGGCAGCCAGUUUCCUGAUGCACAUCUGCAGGUCAUGUUUGCAGGUGAGGCCACGAUGAAGACUCUUUAUGGCACAGUGCAAGGAGCUCUACUUUCAGGACACAGGGAGGCAGACAGACUGGCAGCACAUUAUAAGGAUGCAGUGGCUUCCACUUCAGCUUCAAUGGACAAACACGUUUAAAGAGUUACAUUUAUAUUAUUUGUCUAAAAUUCAGACUAGUGUACUAGUACUGAACAAACCUACCCCCUGAUGUUGCUCCAGAGUGUUUUAAUAAGAAAAGAACGGGGGUAUUAGAUGUACCAUAUAUUUAUCUUUGCCCACAUUUACAGCAAACAAUGCAGAAUCUUUUUCAAAUUAAAAUAUAUGAAUUAAGAUCAAUGUAAUGAGAGGAUGACAUGUGGAUAAACUGGUUAUCUCUUAUCUUGGUAUCUUAGUCAUGAAUGGAUGGAAAGUGAUUUUAGGACUCUGCUUCCCAAUUUUGACUAACCUAUAAUGAGAUUUUUUAUAUACUUUCUGUGAAGUUGUACAUUUUCAGGUGUUAAAGGGAAAACUAAAAAAGUAAUAAUAUUAGGAAUGGAUGGAGCAUUGGGGGCGUUGACACGGUGGUGUAGUGGGUAGCACGAUCGCCUCGCAGCAAGAAGGUCGCUGGUUCAAGCUUAGACUGGGUCAGUUGGUAUUUCUGUGUGGAGUUUGCAUGUUCUCCCCGUGUUGGUGUGGGUUUCCUCCGAGUUCGUUCGGUUUCCCUCAUAGUCUAUACACAUCCGCAAUAGGUGAAUAAACUAAAUUGGCCGUAGUGUGUGAGUGAGAUUGGAUGUGUAUGUUCAGUAGCCUACUGCCGCUGGAGCUUUGAAGGACAUCCACUGUGUAAAACAUAUGCUCCAUAAGUUGGAGGUUCAGUCCACCGUGGCGACCCCUGAUGAAUAAAGGGAAUAAUCCGAAGGAAAGUGAAUGAAUGUAGCAUUGCUCCCGUUGUUGUUUCUACUUGGUGGAUUUCCUCAGUCCAGUUUGACAAAUUCUAGUUAUUCAUGAUGCAAACUGUGUACCCAACAAAAUGUUCUCAAAGACUAGAAUAAAACAUUGGCACUACCUGAAACGCAUUUGCU